AAAAAACAUCUUUGUGCUUGGUGAGUCAUUUGAAAAAAAUGGUAGGGAUGUGGUCUAUGAUUAGGCAGCUCGAUCAAACAAAAACAACAUGGGCCAUAAAGGCCCGGGCUACAAGGGUUUACCGAGAACCAGCACAUGAUGGUUUUCCCCCUUCUAUGGAAGUCAUAUUCCAUGAUGAAGAGGGUUCUAAGAUUCACAGUCACAUCCCUGAUCAAUUCAUUGCAAAAUUUUUUGGGCUGUUCAGGGAAGGCCGUGUGUAUGCUAUAAAAAAUUUUAUGGUAGAAGAAAAUUUCAUGUUUUUCAAAACCACUACAAGCGCUUAUAGGCUACGCUUCUUCAAAAAGAGUGAGGCAUUUGAAAUCAAGGUUCCGUUUCCCUUGAGGACAUUUUCGUUGGUGUCCUUCGCUGCAUUGCAAGCGCAAGACACUAUCGACGACAGGGCAGCGAUUGAUAUCAUUGGACAAGUCGUUCAUGACAAGGAUCCCAAGACAAUUCUAAAAAACGAUCGCCCUAAAAAAUUGGUUGAGCUAAUCCUUGGAGAUACAGAGGGCAAUGUCAUUGGAUGCACUCUUUGGGGUCCUAUGGUUGAUAUGUUGUUGUCGUACAAACUAACUACGGGCGAACCCAUAGUCAUGUUGCUUCAAUGCUGCCGGGCUAAAAAAUACCAAGGGCAAGUGCAUGUAUCCAACAUGUUUAAUACAACCAAGGUUAUUCUUAACGGUGUGGAGGAUGAGUUCAACGAUUUUAAGACAAAAAUGGCUUCCAGGUGUGGGGAAGGUUUGAGCUUCACAAUUGCAUCUGAUACCUCAAAUGACGCUGACAUUAGUUCGGGUCAGAUUCAGUUGGUAACUAUUGAGCAACUCACUAAGAUGGAAGAGGAUGGAAAGCACUGGAUAUAUGGAGAGAUUGCUGGCAUUGAUAACCACAAAGAGUGGUCUUAUGUUUCGUGCAUUGGUUGUAACCGUAAAGUGACUCCCAAUGGUGACGGGUUUCAAUGCCUCUCUUGCAAUUCCUCAGACGCUGUUUUGAGGUACAAGGUCAACAUUCGAGUGGUCGAUACAACUUCGCACGCGUCCUUUCUGCUCUGGGACAGAGAGGUGUCGUGCUUGAUUGGGCGAUCUGCUACGUCAUUGAAAGAACAAGUAAAUAAGAGGAAUUUUGGACCCAAUUAUUUCCCUUCCGAGAUCAAUGCCUUGAUGGACAUCAAGGCCCUGUUCCGCAUUCAAUAUAAACGUGACAGCAGAAAUUUCAAGGGUAAUCAGACCUACAGCGUUCUUAGAAUGAAUACUGACCCUAGAGUUAUCUCACUCUAUGUGACGGAGACCACAUCAACAGAGGAGGAGGAGGAUUUUUCUCUGUUGAAGAGGGAGUUUGGUGGUGGAGAAAGGAUAAACGCACUUUUCCUUUUUAUAUGUUGGCAUCAAUUUUAAGGUGCUGUCAAGUGACGACCUACGUCUCCAUUCCAGGUUGUGUCUUCAGAGCAGGUAAAUUCGAACAGUCCAUUACUGGACAAGGAGCAGAGAAGUGCCCUGGAAGUUGAUACCGAGAGGAUCAAGAGGAAUCUGUUCGGGGAAUCAUCGUCAACCGAGACAACUAAAAACGUGCCACCCAAAAAGAUGAAGGGAAUCAAGAUCGAGGGAUCUGAAAAGUAAUGUUAUCCUAAGGAUUAGUAAUAAGUUUGGGGUUUGCGUUGGAUAUUAAUAAGUGUUUUGGGGAAGACCUUAAAUAAAACCUGCAGGGUGGAGAAUGUUAUCAAGAAAAGAUAUGAUGCGAUACAUGUGGUCAACGUCUCCAAUGUUACCCUUUUUUUGUAUUUUGUUAGCUAUUAACACACUACCUAAAGUGUGAUAUUUAUAACGCAGAUACCCCCUCCUAUGCUACUGUAUGAUGCAUAUCUAAGGUGAAAUAUGUGUGUUCCAUAUUAAUGUAUGGACGCCAUCUGAUGUAAAAUAUAUAAUAAAUGUAUGAACUCUAUGUUGG